AUGGAUUGCCAAAGCAGUAAAGCAGAACAAGACAAGACUUCAUACAUAGUGAGCCGACCAGCGUCCGGCAUAGAUGGGUUCUGCCAUGACUACACACUCCGCCGUCACAAGUAUGAGCAGAACGCGAACGAAGGAUCCUUUCGCUGCCGCGAUGACUGGAGGAAAUACAUUGGCCCGAUUGAGCGUUGGGGUAGCUGCAAUCCUUUCAAUGGGCACUUUGCAUCGGUAGUCCUACCGCUGUGUAAGCCGGAGAGACUAGGACUCGUCUCAUAUGUUUUUGAAUAUGCCUUCUUGUACGACAAUGUAGUGGAAUCUGUAUCAAAAGUAUCGUUGGAUGAAGGAACCGAUAAUAUUGUCUUGAACGAAACCGAGUACCGCACCGUACGAUCAACGACAGGAACCAAGCAAAUCCAGUCUAAGAUGCUGUUGAAGCUUCUGGCAACAGACAAGCCUUGCGCUGAAGUCGUGAUCGCAGCAUGGAAGGAAAUGGUUGCGACGACCGCGUCCCGCGAUAAGUCCUGCAUUUUCGACAGUAUUGAAGAAUAUGUUGAUUAUCGGAUCAUUGACACUGGUGCCCCUUUCGUUGAUACCGUGAUGCGUUUUGGUAUGGGCAUUCUCUUGACCCACGACGAAGAAAAACAAGUUGCCUCGAUAGUUAAACCAUGUUUCGCGGCUCUUGGGCUGGCUAAUGAUUUUUAUUCAUUCGACAUCGAGUGGAGUGAAUUUCAAGAAAUGGAUAAUACCGACAAAGUUUCCACCAUGACAAAUGCUGUGUGGCUAUAUAUGAAGUGGGAAAACAUUUCCAGUGACGACGCGAAAGCGAAGCUUCGACAGGUCGUGCGCGACUAUGAAAAAGAAUUCCAGCAACGAAUGAACAGCUUCGUUGCAGACAAAGAAAAAUGCUCUCCGAAGCUACGUGAGUACUUGAGAGCUCUGGCUUUUCAAAUCCCAGGGAACAUUGUUUGGAGCCUCAGGUGCCCUCGAUACCAUCCCGAGCUCUGUGUUGAGGGAGAAGCUCUAUUUCAGAAUGGCGCCGUCAAUAGCCAUCAAGCACCGCAAAGCGAACAGGAUAAAGAGCGCCUGGUCGGAAACUCGGAGCUUCUCGCUCGAGAAUUUUCAGAUUCCGAGUCCAGCGGCCCUCCGUCUACGGAAUCCCCCAUAUCUAGCCCGUCAAGCAGAUCUUCAGUCACCUCUUUAGAUGAAUUCACCAGUGGCUUCGAAGGCCAGCAACAAGUACAUUUGGGUACCGAGAUUUUACUUUCACCCUUUGAAUACAUCAACUCUCUUCCCUCCAAAGGUGUUCGUGAAGCUCUAAUCGACUCAUUGAAUGUCUGGUUGGGUCUUCCGGAUCGUACAGUCAAGGCAGUAAAAUCAAUAGCGCAAAAGCUACACAGCUCGUCUCUUAUGUUGGAUGAUAUUGAAGAUUCUUCGCCUCUUCGGCGUGGCAACCCUGCUACUCACACAGUAUUUGGCGCUGCGUCAACUAUCAACUGUGCAAAUUACAUGCUCAUCGACGUCAUGGACGAAGUCCGUAAUCUGGAUGACCCUCAAUGCAUGGCUAUACUUAUAGAUGAACUUCGAAACUUGUUUAUUGGCCAAAGUUUUGACUUACACUGGACGCGGCAGGGCGAGUGCCCUUCGGAGGAAGAAUACCUGGAGAUGGUCAGCCAAAAAACAGGUGGCCUUUUCAGACUGAUUGCACGACUGAUGUCACAGAGCGCCUCUUCGCUCCAUGAAAGGGCCAUCUCCGCAGAUUUCAUGUCUUUGAUUGGAAAAUACUUUCAAAUUCGCGAUGAUUACAUGAAUUUGAUGGAUAAUGAAUAUACGAGCGAGAAAGGAUUCUGUGAGGAUCUGGAUGAAGGGAAAUUCUCCUUCCCGAUUAUUCAUGCAUGGCAUUCCCAGCCACCUGAUCUUAUGUUACGCGGCGUACUACAGGAGAGGAUAGCAUCUGGGUCGUUGUCUGUCCCACAUAAGAAGAUCAUUUUGGAUCGUUUGCGCCAUGCGGGCAGUAUGGGCUAUACUUUGAAGGCUCUGAGACGGUUAGAGUCAGAUGUAUAUAACAGUCUAGACAACCUUGAAAAACAAGAAGGCUGCGAGAACUGGGUCAUGAGGUUGUUGAUCCACAGGCUGAUGGUGCGUUAG